GAACAGGUUUGUACUUUUAAAAAAAAUAAAGUGCAAAAAUAAUUCUCUCUACACUCCAGGAAUAAAAUAUAAAUAUACUUGGUAGGUACAGCAGUGAAUUCAUAAUCCUUAGGCUCUCUUUUUGACAAGAGAAACUAAUUGAAAAGUCCAGUCUUAAGCUACAAUAUCUGUCUACAAUUUGAUUUAAUUUACAGGAGACUAUAUAGUACUAGUUUUCUAGAAACACAUUUCAAGCCAUUCAGAUUUAAUUCAGCCAUCCUGAUUAUUUUCAUGUUCCCAUUCUUAUUUUGAUAUGAGGCCUUUUUGUCCCUUAGUGUCCAAUGUGAGUCCACGUAUUAGUUAGCUUCAGUUACCUAGGCAACUGAAUAUCCACAACAAUGCUACAGUACCAGAAGCACUGGCACAAGAAGCAGCAUAUUCCCAGAUGUCUAGCAUCACUCUAGGCAUGUCAUUUUUACAGGGGACAUUUACUCGGUGACCUCCUGGGUCCUUGGGUGAUCUGCACUUUACUUCAUGCAUGGCUGUCUCUCUGUGUCAGAGUGAUAACGAGCAAACAGAUAAUCCUGACAGGCCUGAGUUUAUCCGUCUGCCACUUCUGGCCUCUGUUAGUGUAGACAGGAUGUAUUCUCUCUCUCUCUCUCAUUCUCUCCCUCCCUCCCCCCCUCCCCCCUUCUCUUGCAGUAGCCUUCUUAAUGUAGUUUAAUGGCUUUACAAAGCCAGGCAGAAGAGCACUUUCCUCAGUGGCUGUGGUCGGACCAUGACCUCUCACCAUGAACUUGGAAGGGCUUGAAAUGAUAGCAGUUUUGAUCGUGAUUGUGCUUUUUGUUAAAGUGUUGGAACAAUUUGGGCUGAUUGAAGCAGGUGUAGAAGACAGUGUAGAAGAUGAAAUGGAAAUAGCCACCGUGCGGCAUCGGCCUGAGGCUCUUGAACUGCUGGAAGCACAGAGCAAAUUCACAAAGAAGGAACUUCAGAUUCUGUAUAGAGGAUUCAAGAAUGAGUGUCCCAGUGGGAUUGUUAAUGAAGAGACCUUCAAAGAGAUUUAUUCUCAGUUCUUUCCACAGGGAGAUUCUACAACCUAUGCACAUUUUCUCUUUAAUGCAUUCGACACUGAUCACAAUGGAUCUGUGAGUUUUGAGGAUUUCAUUAUGGGUCUCUCAAUUUUACUCAGAGGGACAGUACAAGAAAAACUCAACUGGGCUUUUAAUUUGUAUGAUAUAAAUAAGGAUGGAUACAUAACUAAAGAGGAAAUGCUUGAUAUUAUGAAAGCUAUAUAUGAUAUGAUGGGAAAAUGCACUUAUCCUGUUCUCAAAGAGGACACCCCUAGACAACAUGUGGAAACAUUUUUCCAGAAAAUGGACAAGAAUAAAGAUGGGGUAGUUACCAUAGAUGAAUUCAUUGAAAGCUGCCAAAAAGAUGAAAACAUAAUGCGUUCCAUGCAGCUCUUUGAAAAUGUGAUUUAACAAUGUGGUUUACUCUGCAAUUAAUGGACAAAUGUGAACUAUUCUGCAACAUUACUUAAAGCUGGAUUUGCCACAUUUACCAUAUGUAGGAUUGCUCAGCUUUACACUGAGACACGUAUUAUGCAAAUAAGUUUUGUUUUAUUAUAAAGCAUUCCUCCCAAAGGUUAGGAUGUAAUAAUUUGUCCUUUAUCCAAUGGGAUAUUCUAAAAAUAUUAGGUUUUACCCCACAACUCCCAAAAAUAGCAUAGCAUCUGCCAUUAUACAGCUUUAUUACCAUUCCAACCCCUAGAUACAAGAGGCUUUAACACAAGGAGAUCAGAAAUAGCUGUUUUUGAUACUUGUUUGUUAUGGAUUCAGCCCCAGAAUUUUAAGUGUCUUAAAAAUCCUUAAAAAGUAUCAGCCUCUGUUUUACAGAGAAAUCACCCUGUAUUUCUUUUUCACAUUUGUAUGGUGUAAUACUCAUUUUUACAUAAUACUUUGAGUAAAGAUUGGUACAGUUGAUGAGCAAUACAUCUCCUGUAACAACAUCCAAUUUUAUUUGGCCUUCUUUCCUCUUUUACUGAAGCCCAGCUAAUUUACAUAAGAGGAAGAAAUCUUUUUUAUAAUAAAAAAUUUAAUGACUCAGAUAGACAUAUAACACUGAUAGGUAUUAAAUAGAUCAUCCUUACCUAAUAAAUCUGCAUUUAUGAAUUUUUCAUGAAAUGAGUACCUGAAGUCCUAUAUAUUGUAUGUGUAAUUCGGGUUGGACUGUCAGUAAAGUUUUCUGCUCAAAAUUAAGGACCUGAAAAGGUUCUGAGUUCAAAUUUCUUUGUGAAGAAAAUCUAAUUCUACCAUUAUUUCCAGAAGUACGUGUCUUACCGGU